AGCGUGGCCACAACCUUGCAGUUAUCUUAUCGUUUAAACGUGUUCACUGCUCCGUUUACAUGCUGCAUCUCCUUACGUUGUCACAUUGUCACACGCUUACCCCUCCGGCCUCUUCAUUUCUGCAUGUUUACACACCACACUGGUCCCAUAGUACACCACCAUCACUACCAUCACCACUGCCGCCAUACCUGGGACGAAGCAACAUGCAGGUUGCUGAACGUACCGUCCGCUUUGCAGUGGAGAACGUGAGGAUGGAUGGCGUGGAUGGCGGUGGGUCGGGAGGCGGCAAUGGUGGCUCGACCGCCAACGACCCUCUGGCCACUGUAAGCAGCGAGGGCGGCGGUGGCGGGGCCAGUGGUGGGGGAGCUACAGCCCUUCCUGCCGUGUCCACCGUCUACGUCACCAUACCCCAGGCAGGCACCAUCGUAUCCGGAACCUCCAAGAGUAUUCAGAGUGUCAUCCAGCAGCCAACACAGCCCAGUGUUAUUCAAAGCACAGCCUUGCAGACAGUGCAAAUUUCAAAAGGAAAUGUUAUUUUAUUGAAGCAGCCAUCACAACCAGCAAAUUCAGUGAUCCAGUCAGCUGGUGGAGGAGCUCUACAGACUGUUCAAGUUUUGGAAGCAGGUGAAGAUCAAGAAUCUUCACGUAAACGUCAAAUACUGGCUCGCCGACCUUCAUACCGAAAGAUUCUCAAUGAAUUAGGUGGAGGAGAGAUAUCAGACAAAGGUGACGCAGGCAGCUCGGAUUCCUCACAAGACGAACCGACUGCAACUGUGACCAUUGGGGGACAGCAGUAUCAGACAGCAGUUCUUCCUGCUAGUGGAUUACAGUUGGCAGGUCAAGGGAGUGACGGUCUCCAGACCCUUGCCAUGACUAAUGCGGCAACUGCCGGGGGGGCCAUCGUCCAUUAUGCCCAAGGCUCAGACCCACAGUUCAUUGUCCCAGUUGCAGCUGGGGACUUAAGUGGCUUGAAGAUAGCCACCAGCUCUAGCCAAGGUGUUGUAUUGGCAACAACUGCCUCCACAGGUGUUCAUGGGUCAUCAGACCAGAUGGCAGAGGAAGCAUCUCGGAAGCGAGAAAUCAGACUAAUGAAGAACAGAGAAGCAGCAAGAGAGUGUAGAGCCAAAAAGAAAGAAUAUAUUAAAUGUUUAGAAAACAGAGUGGCAGUGUUAGAAAACCAGAAUAAGGCAUUGAUUGAAGAAUUGAAGACUUUGAAGGCCCUGUAUUGCCAGAAUAGUUGAUGCCAAAGCAUAAGUGAAACUUAUCCACCUGAGCUGUGUCACAGGUUACCCUCUGCAGUGAUGAAGCUUGAGGUAGUCCUAUAGUCAAAGGAAGGCUUGAUAUAGUGAUGCCAUGAUGACAAAGCUCACCCAUAAGCUCAUGUCCAUCUGCUGGGAUUCUACAAGAGUUUCAGCUCACCAAGAUUGUUAAUGGUUUAUUUAAAUGUUAUUAUAUAACUUGGUCACCACAUCAUUGGUGGCAAACAAAGCUGCUGGCUGUGCUGAAUAAGUAUAAUGCAGGAUAAGUGUACUAUGUACAAAUAUCCUAGCUUAAGAGACUAACUUUCUGUGGUCAGAGCUAUGGUGCAGUACUGAGGAAUCCUUAUACACACCCACUGUUAAUUUCUGAAAAAAAAAAGCAGUAGAAGUAUGCUAUUGUGUGUUCAGAUGUUUCAUGCUGUUAGGUCAUGCAAGCUGAAAGGGGAGAGAGACUAGCUGCUGUAUUCAGAGAGUAGUGGUUGUGUUGGAGACUCCAGAAAGAGCACUCAUACUAGAAGUAAAGUCUUUGAAAGAUUUGUACUGCCAUUAAAGCAGAUUAGAGUAAGAGAAUCACUAUUUGUGAUAGCGUGACAUGAUGCUUUCAUCGUUAAUUGUCAUGUUUUGUGGUCAACUUCUGAGAAGCCUUGACCUGCCAGAGAAGUGUCCUUGUACUGAGCUAGCCUCAAGUUCUUGAGGAUAAUUGAGUACUGUUCCAGUGUCUUGACAACCAUAGUAGGAAGCUGCAAGUAAUCCGGAGAUGCCAGCUUUGUGAUUAAUUUUUCUUGCUGUUUAAUUGUUCAUUACCUUAUGAUUGUUAGGGACAGAUAUUGUACUGCUUCUCUUACCAUUGCUGGUCAUUUGGAUGUAUGAAUAUCAUUUACCAGAAUUGAAUUCAGUGUAAUUUGAAUUAAGUUUUGAGAGCAGCCAUUGAUAAUUUGUAUCUAAUUAUGAAGGCAGAGGUAAAGCCGACCUGCAGAACUGACAUGUCAUAAGGUAUUGUGUAAUCAAAUUAUCUUGUGUAUUUGGUAGACUUGUUAUCUGGUGUGUGUCUGUAAUUCUGACCAACUGGUAUAGCAGACUUUUACAAUAAUACACCCAGUGCAACUGGGCAUGAGUUUUAGAGAUGUCCUAAAUAAACACAAGUUAAUCACCUCUUAUGAGAAUUUGUUCUAUUUGAAAUGCUCUCAGUUGUAUAAUUUGAAUCUUGUACUGGAACUUGUUACAUACAUUGUGGAAAGAUCUGUAUCUUAAGAAAGUGUAACUAGUCAGUUUCUGCCAUCUUGAUUAGCUCUUCAUGCUUUAUGUUAGGGAUACUGAGAACUAUGAUGAUUUAUGUGUAUGAUGUGUAGUGAAGUGUCAGCUGAGAGAAAAUAAGAAAACUUGUUUAAAGAAAACUUAUUGUUGAAAUUCUUUGAUAAUUUUAAAUUUAGUUUUUGCUUUGUUAAAAACAGCAAAUAUUAUGUUUAGGAUAUUCCUAUGUUCAGUGUUCUGUAUUUUCAACAUUAAGAGAUGCUUUUUAUAUAAAAAAAAAAUUGCUUGCCCUCAAAAAAUAACUUUCAUGCUGUCAAAAGUAACAAAGGCAAUACCUGAAAAUGUAAACUUUUUUUUUACGAAAUUCUUCUGGGGUUUGUAGCUUCAUUUGUUAGUCCUGAAAAGUAUUGUAGUGAAUAGUGACCAAGUGAGCUUGCAAUUAAGCAAUUGUCACUUGCCUUAAUCAUAAAUGAUAAUUUCCUCCAUCAUAAAUGAUAAUUUCCUCCAUUCACUUUCAACCAGCUCUGUAAUUCCUGCAGUUAGUGUCCCUUUGUGCCAGAAUCAUUCCAGCAUUAUUUAAAGACUUCUCUUUGGAAUAUAUUAUCAAAACAAAAUGGGAAUAUAUUAUCAAAACAAAAUGGAAAGGCAAGCUUGUAUGCAUUCCUGACUUAGCUGCUUUUUUUUCCAUCACUGUUAAUUCAAUAGUAAUGUAAUGUGAAAUGCCUUAAACAUCUAAGAAUUCAUGCCUUAGAAUUUGAGAAGACACUUCUGAAACAGCUCAUACAGGACACUGAAAGAAGAAAUUUAAAAUAUAUAAAUUGAACAGAUUGUGUAAACAUCUGUUCCGUGUUGGCUGACAUUAGAAUUUUACAAAAUCUUGACCAUGUAUCACACAACAUGUUAUUUACAUUGUUAUUUACCAAAUUAUGAAAGUAGUUACUUUUAUUUCUCUCAGUUAGACCAUGGAUUAAUGUUGUGCUUCUUGAUGUGUCAAGACAAUAGGCAAGUCUCAUCUCAGGUGGUAAUCAAAUUUUCUUUCUUAAACCUAGUGCAAUGUUGUUUUUUGUGAGUGCACUCAAUAAAUGUGCUCUAAUGCCUGAGUCAUUGGCUGGAAUGUAUACUUGUCACAGAUUCCCUACUUGUACCUGUCUGAAAAGCAGUCCAUGGCAAAUGACCUUUUUACUUUUUUUCUAUUUUAAAAAGAUGAAUUGUGUAUUUUAAAAACUUGCACCCACAUUUUCAGAUCUUGAAAGUUUUGUGCUCCAUCUUUUGACAGUCAUUUUCCUAAAAGAAGCCAAUGCUAAUGGAGCAUGUGUAGGUGUUAUCAGACAUGCUAUUUGCUCAUAUCCUGUACUUUUAGAGUGCACUUUUAAGCAAAGGUGUUUAAAAAAUGAUUGUUAUCAGAUUGGCUUUAAUUUUGUGGAUAUCUGUAAAUAUACACCUGUGUUUGGAUAUGUUCCAAACAAGAGCCUACAAGAAUGUCAGAUAUGUAUUUUUGAAAACUAAACUGUUGUUGAAU